CCUCGGGUUUUGUGGGAGUUGGGGGGGGAGGCGGCCUGUUUUGAUCUUCGUGGCGCUCCGUAGAGCGUCUCCCUCGGAUUGGCUGCAGCGCUCGGAUUUCGGGAGCUUUACAGAGAUGGCGGGAUGUCGGGCCAAAGCUGUCAGCUACCUGGACCCCGUGAAGCUGGGUCCGGGGCUCGCCAGUGGAGGUGUGCGGCUGCUGGGCUCUCCGGGCCGCCCGUGCGUGUGGAACCGAUCGGAGUUUGUCUUCGUUUAUCAGAGGGACAGCGGCUUGUUACAGAUUGUGUACAGGUUCCCCAGCUCUGUAUGGCACGUGGAAGUGGACAGUAGACAUGAGCAGUUGUUUGUGCUAUGUGCCGGAAGUGGAAUAUACAGCAUAUCGUUGAACCAUAGCCUCGUAGAAGAGAGAGAAGCUGGGGAAUCACUUCUUGCUGCUUCCCAGUCGGAAUGUAACCGUGGGAGCAGUAUGCCUCGUGUCUGUGCUAUCAGUGCUGAGAGAUGCAUCAUCAGGGAUCCUGCCAUCUGCUCCUUCAUUGUGUCAGAUGACAUCAUUGUAACAGUGAUAAAGGAGGCUCAGAAAUGGAGGGUGACCUUCCUCAGACUCCCACCUGCAGGCUGCGAGCUUCAGUCAUGCAGAAAAAUUGAAGACAUGGACUUUGCUUUUCAUCCCAAUUUCCCAACUUGUGAAAAAUCACCCAAAACGAUUUCCCAACCAGUGUUACGUUGCAUUUACCCUCAACCAGUGAAGGAUUCUGAGAAGCAAUUGAGGGAUGAUGAUCACAUGUCUCUUGAGCCAUCGCUUUUUAGCCUGCUCUUUAGUGUGGAUGCGAACAUGCUGAAUUCUCCCAUCAUCCUCAUUGGGUUGCCAGAUGGCCAACUUUGCUUUGUGCCAAUCAAAUGCAUGAGCUCUGAGGUCAGAGGUCACGCAUCACGAGUAGCAGUGCUGCACCAUCUCGAACAACCAGUAGUUUUUAUUGGGGCUGUGUCAAUAAAACAGGAUGGGAAUAAUGAUCCUGGACACCAGCCACCUUCGGACAAGCCGUUGAUUCCUGAUGGUGUUGUGGUAAUCGGGAAAGGUGGCAAAAUAGUGAUUAUCAAGGCCAGCCUUCAAAUGGAGAUAUGGUUUCCCAACUUCAUUGAGUAUCACGUUCGAGGGCCGGUCACCAGUGCCUGUUGCUGUGCUAGUACCCUUUACUACAGCACUUGCAGGGAUUUCUUCAGCAUUGAGUUUGUCCAAAGAAAAACAUCCUGUGGAGUAUCUGGAAGGACAGCAGAUGAGAGGAUUAGCCAAUCAGAUGGUAUUUUGCCAUCCAUCCUUACUCCCAUUAGUCUGAACAUCUGUGGAAUUGUUGCUGUUUCCACCCCGUCAUUGACACCCAAUGGUGACCUCACCUUUGUAGCACUGACUGAGAAAGGCAAGGUGAUGACGUGUACUUUACCUUCCAGUUCAAGUGCAGUCGAAAGCAUGAACUUCAAAGCACCUAGCGCAGGGCAACGCAUUAAGGAUCUCCUCGCUGGGAUUGGCAGUGUCACUGACAGAAUCACAUCCCUGAAGCAUGUUAUGCAGCAAAAAGACAAAGCUUUAAAGGGGCUGAACCAGGACUUCAACAUAUGCUGUGGACUGCUAUCCAGUCAGGAAGAUCAGGAGAAGGGAAUGGUGUCUUCGAAACAACUAAUCAGCUGUUGUGUCACUGCAAAGUGGAACCGCUUACUGCUGCAGGAUUCACUAGUUGUUUCUUGCAUUUUGGAGAACUUCAGUGAUUGGCCACUGGAACACAAGUGGUCUCUUUGUGUAAAGGUUAUUAAGCAGACAUCUGCUUUGACCAAAAGCUCAGACAGCACAGCUUUUACUUACAAUUUUCCCAUUACUGAACUUGUACCUGGAAAGAAGAUGGAGGUCACUGUCCCUUUGAACUCUGCGAGUGAUGAUUUUAUUGCAUUUCCUGUGUCGAUUCACUGCUUUCUUUAUUAUAACUUGAACAGUAUUUUGACAGGAAAUAUCAAUGAAUGCCCCUUCCCUCACAGUUCCUUGCUGGCUCCUGGAUGUUCUGAUAAUAAUGGAAUUUGUUUGCCUUUAAACACUCAUGUGAUUGAUUUGUUAGAUUGCCUGCACAUUAAUGGAGGAGGAGCAGCUGAAGUGGUACCAGCUCUGAACAUCAACCGCAAAUCCAGAACAUCAGACCCGUUAAAAAUAUUUCUGCAGUCCUUGAUGUGCUUUGAAGCUGACAACGUUAAAAACAGUGAAAAGUUAAAAGGCUCUUUCAGUGUUCCGGCUAGUGAGAGUACUGCUAAAGAACCUUUCUCAGCUUCCAUCAAGUUGUCACCUGAACUGCUGAAGGCUGUUCUGAAAGAUUUGGGCACAGGCACACUUACCUGUGGAGUGACAGCACCACCAAUCUGUAUCCAAGGCCUCUAACCAUGGCUGUUCUAAGCUUGUGACCAGGUAGCACUGAGCAAGGAACUUGUGCACAGAAUUUCCCUGGGACACUUUCUGGCCAUUGUCAGUGUCUUUUCAAAGACUCAGCCAAGCUUGGUCAUUCUCACAAAACAACCCAGUGUACUAACCCACUGAAAUGUUGGGAGGCUUUCUGAGAUCGAUUUUGACUGUGUGACAGUGCAAAAUGUGCGAUGACAAGUUGGCAGCCUCUCCUGACUUAUUAAAAUAGUUCAUGAUUUAAACAAAGUCUUAUGAGUUACCCUGCAUUGGUUUGCUUUGUUCUGCAUCUAUUUUUCUUUCUCUUGGAGAUACUGAGGUUAGUUCCACAUUUAGCUGUUGACCUCUGGUAUCUCACUGUUCAUGUGUUGCCAGGUUAUUCACUGGGAAUCCAGCCUCACACUACGUCUUGACGUGUAGACUCUGCCCCAGGGUACGAUUGGGAGUUGGCAUUUUCUCAAGGUCAGGAAUGAAUUGUUGUUUCACUAGAGGUGCCGUAAAUAAAAUGGACAGUUGGGAAUGGUGGACGAUACUGUUGCAGUUUGUUCUCACUGGCGUUGUGGCCACGAAAAAUUCAAAACUGAAUAGCUUGCAACCUUCUUGGAUCUGCUGUGUGUCCCUCCUGGCAGUCUUCUAUAUGGAAUUUUCUAGAACUCUCUCUGGCUGAAGCAUCAGAUUUUAAAAACCCAUGAGUGUUUUGACUAAGUUCAGCCCAUAACAUAUGCUACAGCUGAUUUUAUCAUUAAAAGGUUUUUCUUUUGAGGGGCUGUUUUGUCACUAGGGUUUCGUAUGGCCCACUUAAACUGGAAAAACAAGCAGCAGGACCAUCUCAAAUUUUGGCUUUUUACAUUCAAGUUGUGACUGAAGAGCGCACAAAGUUGCCAGCUAUGGUUGGAUGCAUGCCUGGAGGUUAAUCACAUGACCUUCUUGUGGCCCACCCAGUCAAACAGCCUGUUUUUCCAUCUCCCAUUACUGUGUUUAAAGAAAACAGGGGAAAAAAUGUACAAUUUCCUCUCAGCUUACAUUCAGAAGGAACAUCUAGGUAAUUAUCCUUAAUUCCAGGAUGAUCAAAUGGAGCUGACAAUGUAAAGGAAUAUUUGAGUGUUAUGAAAUCAGGGUAAAGUAAAAAAAAAACUAAAAGUAAAGCUGUAGCGGUCAUGAGUUCAGUGAAUUUUAUAUGAAAAGUAGUCACUUAAAGAAGCUUCCAGUUUAAUGGUACCAAUGCGUUAAAUUAGCCUGGUGUGGAUUAUUUGAGUUUAGGGUAUCUUUAUUUCUUCUGAGCCAGUUUUCUUGAUAUUGAGUGGUGAGCUGGCAGGAGAUGGUGGGCUUUGAGCCAUUUGUACUUGGUCUCACUGAUAAAGGUGAGCACGACUCACUGAGCAUAGGGCUAGCUGUGGCAAUGGUUACACAGAUGAAUUCUGUGGGGAAAGUGUCUCGUUUUGCUCUGCCGUAAUAAAUGUGGUGAAGCUGGUAUCUAAUUAAAGUACUUGUUUCUCAUUUCAACAUUCAUGGACUUGGUUUGGGAAAGGGUAGCUUAUUUAGUUUGGCAGGUUUGUUAAACGUGUGAUUCAGAAGAUACUGUCUAGCAGAGACAGGCCCUUUUUUACUUAAGGCCAGCUAUUUCUUACUGUUUGGUAUGUGACAUUGUAUCUUCCUCCCACCAAUACUUCCAAGUGGAUUUUGAAAAACAAAAUAAUUUCAGGAAAUAGGACAGUGCAUUGUGCCCCUGUGUUUAUAAGUUAAGUCAAAAAUAGAUAAGAUUGAGCAAAUGUGACGGAGAGAUCGUUCGUUUGUAUUUGGCAUAAAAUGUGCUUGAUGCUGAUCCCAAUUUUUAUUGACAGAGAGUCUCCACUGUUUCCAAGUCCUCCAGCUCCAAUUCUGCCCAUGGAUUUAUUCAAGAUUAAUGUUCAGCACUUUAUUGUUCCAGUGCUGAAAUUGUUGCUAACUCAGGGAAUGUGCUAGAGGCAUCUAACAGCAGGUUUUGUUUACUGAAAUAUUACUGACUCCCUUGUCAGUUCGGUCUCAGACUGAUACUGCUGCAGGUACUAAUUUAAAAUAGAAGACUGUGUCCAAAUCAAGAGAUGUUCCAUUGUCCUGAAAACACUUACUUCUCUGCCUGUAGCGAGAUGAUUAGAACCUGGAUUGGACAAUGUGGGUUAUGUGGGAAGAUUGGCUAGCUUGGGGUUAUUUUCCUUUUACAACAGAGGAGAGAGACUUGAUUUAAGACCUGAUUUAAAACAACAUAGUGUCUCGUUAGAGUGGAUAGGAAAAUCCUAUACUCCGUAGAUGUGGUGACCAGAACAAGGGCCAUAGACUUAAUGCAAGCGGUAGCAAUUUUUUUUUGCUGUAAUUUGAAGGAAAUGCUUUCACCCAGACGGUGGUCAGAAAUUGGAAGGCUCCGCAUGAAAGGGGCUAGAGGCAGAACCCUUCCUAACAUUUAAAAAGUACAUGUAUAUGUUCAGAAUGGCUGUAACCUGCAAAGUUACAGAUCAAAGGCUGGAAAAUAGGAUUAUGCUGGAUGGUUGUUAACUAGUAUGGAUGUGAUGGGCCGAAUGGUUUUUGAUAUCCCUGCUAUUACUCACGAUGAACUGCACUACCAUUUUUUCAAUUAAGUUUUACCUCAAAGUGGCCCCCUGUGAUUUCCUGGGGACGGCUCCAGGAAAACUAACUUCAAGUUUUCCGUUCAUUGCUUUUUUCUACAGCUUCCUCUGGUGAGGACACAACAGCAACAUAACUCCAGUGUCUCUAUAUAAGUAAACAAUUCUGAAACUUCAACAAAAUUCUAUCUAAUCUAUUGUUUUACUACAGUAAUCAGUAGAUUGCUGUGGAAUCAGUAGAUGAAUUGCAAGGGGAUUUCAGUUAUUCUGCUUUAACAUUUUAAUUGAGUGUCCUUUCCAUGAUUGACCCAUAGAGCAUUUCCACUGAGUUGGUGUUUUCCCUCUUUUUUUUUUCUUUCCCCACCUCC